AUGACCACUAAAUCCAAUAAAAGAGCUAUAAAACCAAAAAGUACUUCUCAACAAAUGGAAAUUGAUGAUGAUAAUAUCAAUAAUAAUAAAAAAGUUAUAAUCACUACUGAAGAAGACGAAGAGGGUGAGGAGGAAGAAGAAGAGGAGGAAGAGGAAGGAGGAGAAGAUGGAGAGACUGUUGAUGAUGAUGCUUAUAGUGAAAUAUUAGAUUUUAAAUUUAAUAAAGAUGAUGAUCCAACAAGUUUAACAUUUAACAUAUCAGAAGAAGAUCAUACAUUGGGAAAUGCUUUACGUUAUGUAAUAAUGCAAAACCCAGAAGUAGAAUAUUGUGGAUAUUCUAUACCACAUCCAUCAGAAGAUAAACUUAAUUUACGUGUACAAACUACCAACAAUAUAACAGCAAUAGAUGCAAUGCAUAAAGGUUUAGAAGAUUUGAGAAAUAUAUGUGGUCACAUAACAGAUUUGUUUGUUGAAUCAAAUAAAUCUUAUGAUAACAAUGAAAAUUAG